AGGGCCAGCCCCGGCCGUUCUCGCGUCUCUGUCGGCCCGCUGCGGGCCGCUCUGGCCGGUGUUUCGCCCGGGCGCCUCCGUGCGCUCGGCCAACGGCCUCCGAGAGCGCCCACCUGAGCCGCCAGGAGCCGGCGGGCGACGGCCCUCGCCGGGGCCUCUCCAGCGGGCCCAGGGGGACAAAAGGGGCUCUGUCUCCAGCACGUGCACUCUGAAGCAAGUUAAAGGAUUUACUAUGAAGCACAGAAGCAGAUAGUGCCACGUAGCAAGUUGUAGUUGGUACACAUUUCUGGAAAAGCAGUGUCCGUGUUGUUAUGUACACCUCCAAAAAAAUUCAGAUCUGUAGGGGAAUUGUUGUGUAAAGUAAACUGAACUACAGGGUAGCAGUAUUUUAAUAGCUAUUAUAGACGUGUUUUAACUAUAUUAAAAAUGAGUAAAAGAAAAACCUGUGACCCACCAAUAGGAAGAGUGAGUGGGGCAGCAUUUCCUUCUCCCACUCCUGCCGAGAUGGCGGAAAUUAGUCGAAUUCAAUAUGAAAUGGAAUACACCGAAGGUAUUAGUCAGCGAAUGAGGGUCCCAGAAAAAUUAAAGGUAGCACCACCAAAUGCUGACCUGGAACAAGAAUUCCAAGAAGGAGUUCCAAAUGCCAGUGUGAUUAUGCAAGUUCCAGAGAGGAUUGUCGUAGCAGGAAACAAUGAAGACAUUCCAUUUUCAAGGCCAGGAGAUCUGGACCUCAUUCAGUCAACUUCUUUAAAACCUCUGGCACUAAAAACACCACCUCGUGUACUUACACUAAGUGAAAGACCACUAGAUUUUCUGGAUUUAGAAAGACCUCCUUCAACCCCCCAAAAUGAAGAAGUCCGUGCAGUUGGCAGGCUAAAAAGAGAGCGCUCUAUGAGUGAAAAUGCUGUUCGCCAAAAUGGACAGCUGGUCAGAACUGAUUCCAUGUGGCACAGAUCAGAUUCUGCCCCAAGAAAUAAAAUUUCAAGGUUCCAGGCACCGAUUUCUGCACCGGAAUACACUGUGACACCAUCGCCACAACAGGUUCGGGUCUGUCCUCCCCGUAUGUUACCUGAAGAUGGACCUAAUCUUUCCUCUGCUCGUGGCAUUUUGUCGCUUAUCCAGUCUUCUACUCGUAGGGCUUACCAGCAGAUCUUGGAUGUGCUGGAUGAAAACCGCAGACCCGUGUUGCGUGGUGGGUCUGCUGCCGCCACUUCUAAUCCUCAUCAUGACAACGUCAGGUAUGGCAUUGCAAAUAUAGAUCCAACAGUUGAAGGAACUGCAGAUGACAUGAAUGUUGUAGAUGCAGUUUCAUUAAGACGACAGAUAAUCAAAUUAAAUCGACGUCUACAACUUCUAGAAGAGGAGAACAAAGAACGGGCUAAAAGAGAAAUGGUCAUGUAUUCAAUUACGGUAGCAUUCUGGCUGCUUAAUAGCUGGCUCUGGUUUCGCCGCUAGAGUAACCUCAGCUCUCAAAAAAUACUGUUUCAACAGCUGGAAAUAUAAAGAAUUUGCAAACUU